AUGCUCAUGAAGAUGGAAAGUGUAGUGCAGCGGGAUGAUUCAUCGGUGGAUGUCGUUACAUUGGAAACCCCGAAUUUGACAUCACUCAUUGGUACCAAUUCAGCCACAUUACCACCCGAUUUUCCAUCAACAGCUGAACUGAUGCAGAAAUGUCUCACUGUCAACCCAUUUGAAUUAAAAUUUCGUGAAGCAAAUCGACGUAUCAGUCAGUGCAGUGAAGAACUUCUUGAGCAGAAUGGACUUGUUCCGGUGACGCUUUCAUUGCCGACGACAGGUGGCAUAACCUUGCUGAAACUGCCAUCAUCUUUGGCCCAUUCUCCGGGUAUCUUCUCAAACAUCAACGUUCUUUCAGCGGAUUUCGAAGGUGAUGGGUUAAAAAGUGCUGACUUGUCGCGUUUAGUGCAACAGAUGAAAGAUAAUGGUGGUUUGUCGACGCAGAAUUCACGAACUAGUGAAGACACUGGGCAGGCACCUCGAACUGCUGAUGUACUUAAUGCCGUCCUUGAUAUGCAUUCUGAUAGGUUGGGAUCGCUUGGUUUUCUUGGUACAACUGGCGCUACUACUCCGCCUUUGAAAGGACCAUUGGGAUCAAUCAUACCGACAUCAUCAUCUGUUGCUGUAGCUCUUUGUUCUGAUUUGUCUGCAGUUGCACCAUCAACAUCGUGUACUGCAGGUGUUAUUGGUCCUGAAUGUACAUCCACUUUACUCUCAUGUUCGCCAUGUUCCUCAGAAUCAGCUUCCGCUUCUUUAACACCGUUAAUUUCUGCUAUAAAUAGUCCCGUUGUCAGUGCACCAGCGAAUAUUUCAAGACCCGGAAGCUCUGCAUCAGUACAAACGCCUAAAAAACGAUUGUCAGUACGCGCAGCAGCGGCAGCAGCAGCUGCUGCUGCAGCGGUAGCUGUACCAUCAAGUAUUGCGCCAGUUGUCUCAGCUCCUUUUCUAAGUGCUGUUGGAACACUAUUACCGGCAGCAAACGUUGAGGAGCGGAGUGAUGUGCCGCAAAUUUCAAAUACACAAUUAUCGCCAACAGAUCAUUGGGAUCCUCGUGAUGUAAAACCAGUGAUUUCUGUGAAAAAUGCACCAUCAUCAUUACAGGCAAACCAGCAGUAUUUUGAUCACGAGGAAGUCAUUUAUCCGCAGGAUGAGCAGCGUAAACAUACGGAAGUAUUGUCAUCCGCAUCAAGAAGCAGAGAAAGUGCUAUAUCCCGUUCAGCAGUCACCUCAACAGCGUCAUCACAUCGCGGUGGACGAGGACGUGGUCGUAGUUCUCUUACUGCAGAUUUACCACCCGAUGAACGUCGUGUUACAAUUUUGGAAAGGAAUAAAGCAGCUGCUGUGAGGUAUCGGAAGCGAAAAAAGGAAGAACAUGAUGAAAUGAUUACACGUGUUCAUUUAUUGGAACAGGAAAAAGUGUCACUCUCCACUCAGAAUCAAAUACUGCGUCGUGAACUGGAAAGAGUUACAGCUUUACUGAAAACACGUGAAGCAUGUUGUGUUUGCCACUUGAGCGGUGUAGGGGAAUGUUUGCGGAAUGAUUCACCCUUAGAAGUAGAUGUCCUUUCUCCUCAAGCUCAAUCGCAUCAUGAUCUCUCCAAUUAUUUAUCACAGCAGUUGGUUUCAUCGGUCAGUCCUAACAAGAAGCCGUCAAAAUGA